GCGGGGAGCAGGAAACCCGGCGCAGCCGGGCGCAGCGGGCCGCGAUGCAGCAGCAGCAGCAGGAGUCGCCCCGGGGCAGCAGCGACAGCAGCAGCAGAGGCAGCACCGGGCGGCGCUGAGCCGCCGCGGCCCCCGAUACAGAAAAGGAAGCCGGCCCAGCCGCCUCGUCCCGACCCCUGCGCCCCAGUCCCGGCGCAGCACGACUCCAGCGCCCCGACCCCGGCGCCUGUAUCCCCGCGCCCGCCUCCGCCAACUUUCACGCUGCCUCGGCGGCCCGGCCCGGCUCAACGCCAAUGGUGGAGGCCAUAGUGGAGUUUGAUUACCAGGCCCAGCACGACGAUGAGCUGACUAUCAGCGUGGGUGAGAUCAUCACCAACAUCAGGAAGGAGGAUGGAGGCUGGUGGGAGGGACAGAUCAACGGCAGGAGAGGUUUGUUCCCUGACAACUUUGUAAGAGAAAUAAAGAAAGAGAUGAAGAAAGACCCUCUCUCCAGCAAAGCUCCAGAAAAGCCCAUGCACGAAGUAUCCAGUGGAAAUGCUUUGCUGUCUUCUGAAGCAAUUCUAAGAACCAAUAAGAGAGGCGAGCGUCGGAGGCGCCGGUGCCAGGUGGCAUUCAGCUACCUGCCCCAGAAUGACGACGAGCUGGAGCUGAAAGUUGGUGACAUCAUUGAGGUGGUAGGAGAGGUGGAAGAAGGAUGGUGGGAAGGUGUUCUGAAUGGAAAGACUGGGAUGUUUCCCUCCAACUUCAUCAAGGAGCUGUCGGGGGAGUCGGAUGAUCUCAGCAUUUCCCAGGAUGAGCAGCUCUCCAAGUCAAGUUUAAGGGAAACCACAGGCUCUGAGAGUGAUGGGGGUGACUCAAGCAGUACCAAAUCCGAAGGUGCCAACGGGACAGUCACAACUGCAGCAAUCCAGCCGAAGAAAGUUAAGGGAGUGGGCUUUGGAGAUAUUUUCAAAGACAAGGCAAUAAAACUAAGACCAAGGUCGACUGAGGUAGAAAAUGACUUUCUGCCGGUGGAAAAGACUAUUGGAAAGAAGUUACCUCCAGCUAUAGCAACUGCAGACUCGUCAAAAACAGAAAUGGACAGCAGGACAAAGACCAAGGAUUACUGCAAAGUAAUAUUUCCAUAUGAGGCACAGAAUGAUGAUGAAUUGACAAUCAAAGAAGGAGAUAUAGUCACUCUCAUCAAUAAGGACUGCAUCGAUCUAGGCUGGUGGGAAGGAGAGCUCAAUGGCAGACGAGGAGUGUUCCCUGAUAACUUCGUGAAGUUGCUUCCACCAGACUUUGAAAAGGAGGGGAAUAGACCCAAGAAGCCACCUCCUCCAUCCGCUCCUGUCAUCAAGCAAGGGGCAGGUACCACUGAGAGAAAACAUGAAAUUAAAAAGAUACCUCCUGAAAGACCAGAAACACUUCCAAACAGAACAGAAGAAAAAGAAAGACCAGAGAGAGAGCCAAAACUGGAUUUACAGAAGCCUUCCGUUCCUGCCAUACCACCAAAAAAGCCACGGCCACCCAAGACCAAUUCUCUCAGCAGACCAGGAGCACUGCCCCCGAGGAGACCUGAACGACCAGUGGGUCCCCUGACCCACACCAGGGGUGACGGUCCAAAGAUUGACUUGGUGGGCAGUUCGCUGUCUGGCAUCCUGGACAAGGAUCUCUCGGACCGCAGCAAUGACAUCGACCUAGAAGGUUUUGACUCCGUGGUAUCAUCUACUGAGAAACUCAGUCACCCAACCACAAGCAGACCAAAAGCCACAGGGCGGCGGCCUCCGUCCCAGUCCCUCACAUCCUCUUCCCUUUCAAGCCCUGAUAUCUUUGACUCCCCAAGUCCCGAAGAAGAUAAAGAGGAACACGUUUCGCUUGCACACAGAGGAGUGGACGCGUCAAAGAAAACUUCAAAGACUGUUACCAUAUCCCAAGUGUCCGACAACAAAGCACCCCUGCCACCUAAGCCGGGGACCAUGGCUACAGGUGGCAGUGGUGGACCAGCCACUCUGUCCUCGGCAGCACCUGCCCCCCUGUCGUCCUCUUUGGGAACAGCUGGACACAGGGCCAACUCCCCAUCUCUAUUCGGCACGGAAGUAAAACCAAAGAUGGAGCCUGUGGCCAGCAGCCAGGCUGCCCUGGAGGAGCUAAGGACACAGGUCCGCGAGCUGAGGAGCAUCAUUGAGACCAUGAAGGACCAGCAGAAACGAGAGAUUAAGCAGUUGCUGUCAGAGUUGGAUGAAGAGAAGAAAAUCCGGCUUCGACUGCAGAUGGAAGUUAAUGACAUAAAGAAAGCUCUUCAAUCAAAAUGAAUACUUGAUCAAUGAAAUGUCGCAUUAUUCAUCCUGAGUCCAAGACUCAAAUUUUCCGCCCCAGCCAAAAUAACUUUGUGCCAAAAGAUUAAAGAUUUGCCUCACUAUUUCCCUGUUUGAAAGAUUAGCACAAAAGUCUUGAUAGCACAACACAAAUUCCAUCCAAGAGGAGACUCUUCCCCAUGGUAUAGUCCUGGGUCUGGCACUGGUUGUGACUUAAACAGAGCAAAUUGUGCUAAAGGCUUUUUUACUAUGAGAUCUAAUGCGAAAUGAAAACUCAGGCAGUUUAGUCCAUAGUGGUACUAUUUUGAUGAUAUUUUCCAUUAAUAAAAUGUAAUUUCAGAUUAUUCGUUUACAAGCUUUAUAAUUUUAUGAUUUUUUUAAUCGUGUUUUGUCACAGAUUCCCCCAGUAUUUGUAUUACACAUAGUCCGGAGCGAGCGUCCCUUUCUUUUGCUGCAGGCAGAAAGCUGCCUCGCUUUGUGUCCCCUCUAGGAGUCUAUUACAUAUGCAAUUUUAGAUCCAAGCCGUCCCUUUUCCUGCCAGCAACCCUUCCUCCACCCUGAGAUCAACUUUAGCUUAUAUGUGAUGGUAUAUUUACAAAAAGAGAAAGAGAAAAUCGGUAUUUGCAAUGAUCUGUGCCUUCUUUUUACCACCCUCUUGAUUGGAACUUUUGUGAUGCAGCUACCAUGAUUCAAAAAAAAAUAUUUUUAGCCACUUAUCAGAGUCCACUAGAGGCCACUGUCUUCAAUGCUUCUCUCCCCUAGCCAAAGGUCCUAAGAGGAGACAGCCAUGAAGUUGGGUGUACUCUGUGGCGACUUCUAAGUUCUCCUAGUUUUAGGUUGUUCAUGAAACUAGAAAUGUCACCCCUGCUUGAUUUUUCAUCAGCCAAGUUAAACCCCUGCUUCCUGUCCUUUGCACCUUUUGCGUGAACAGAAUAUGCAUUAUUAAAGCAAAAAUAAAUAAAAGUAAAAUGCAAAUCAAAACAAGGGGGGGAAGUUGUAUUAUUUCCUGCACUGGGUUAUCUGUGUGUGUGUUAUUGUUUCAACUGUACUCACAUAAUGUCGUUUUCCUCACUCCCUUGUAACCCCUUCCUUAGGUGCAAGGGGGUGGGGGGGGCUCUUGUUGAAGUGUAGCCAUUGGUUCUUUCUGGAAUUUUUGGAAUUGCUUUUUCCCUCCCAAGGAAACUGGUGUUUGCUUGUCUGCUUUAUCUUUGAAGUAAAUGAACAGUUCAGCCUUAGUGUAUGUAACUGCUUUCUCAUCCUUAGCUGAAAAUAAGGGGGCAUACUGUAUUUCAAGAUUGUUUGGGUAUUGGGAUGGUGGUCCCUUAAUGGCCCCUGAAGAUGUUUUAUGCAUUUCUAAAAAGCUUCUUUAUUUCCUGAGUUUUAGAGUAAAAUUACUAAAUAUUAAUAGAUUUUUUUCACAACCACAAA